GCCACACCUCUUUCUACGGUUUGAGGCCUCUUCAUCGUAUGUAAAUACUCUUUCUACGGAAAUUAUAAUUCGUUAUUAUUGCUCUUUAGCUGACAUAAAUGUCAAAUUAUGUUUAUUAAAAGAAGUAAUAUCAGCUAUGGAAAAUAAACGCUUUGCAAUUGGAAUGGAAGGGAGAUUUCGUCCUAUAAUACUAAACACACUCAGAUCGACCUAUUAUUCUAGAACUUUCGUACGAAGUACGGUGAAUUUAUCUUACAAAAUUAUAGGAGAAAACUCUGUAGAGCCAGAUGAUGAAGAACCCGCAGUAUUCAUACUUCAUGAGUUAUUGGGAAUUAAACGGCAAUGGGGGAGUUUGGCCAAAACAAUCAUGAAUAUAACGGGGCGACAAUUAGUGGCUGUAGACUUAAGGAACCACGGCGAAAGUCCGCACGCAAAUUCACAUAAAUAUGAAGAAUUGACAAUGGAUGUUAUAAAUUUAUUCGAAAAAUUGAAGAUAAAUAGAGCCACUAUUAUUGGACACGGUAUGGGCGGUCGGACAGCUAUGUGUGUGUCCUUAAUUGCGGCCAAAAGAGUAACCGGUCUAAUAAUCAUAGACACAUCACCAGUUUCAACACCCAAACAAUUAAAUGAGGAGUUUCCAAAAAUAUUAAUUGCGAUGAAGUCUUUUGACUUCAAAAACGCGAAAAAAGUAAACAACGCGAAGACUGAGGCCAAGAAACAAUUGGAAAAUAUUGUGACUGACGAUUUAACGAUGGACACCGUCCUGUCAAACGUGAAGGUGAAACCAGACGGGACUAUAGGCUGGGCAUGCAAUGUGGAAAUUUUCAUAAAGCAUUUCCCUUACAUAAAAUCGUUUCCACCAGCGAUGACAGUGAAGCAAUACUACGGUCCCACGCUGUUUAUAGGCGGACAGAUGUCGGAGUUCCUCCCGCCCGAUGAUCUGACCAGUAUCAGGGAAAUAUUCCCCCAAGCAGUAAUCACAUAUAUACCGAAAACCGGCCACAAUGUGCAUGUGGAUGACCCGAAAACUUUCCUUGAAUUAACCAUAUCUUUCCUAAAGGCAACUUCCUAA